AUGGACCACAAAGAUCUCGCUUCUGCCCACGGCGACGUUCCCAUGCAACAUACAAAUGAACUCGACAACAAGCCCAAUGCUCUCAAUGCCCUACCCGUAUCUGCCCAGCGACCUACUAUUGCCCUUGCAGCAGACCCAACCUACGAUCCGCAAGACCCUCUGCGACAGAAGAAGCACGGAGACCCUGAAAAACUCGAAACCUACUCCGAAAACGAUACAAACCUAGGCGACGUUACCGACAUCCAGAAUGCAAGCAAACGACCCACAAGCAGUAGCGACGCUAAGAAACUCAACACCACACAAACUGUCAUCAUCUUCGUAACGAAUGAGGUUGGAAUUGGCAUUUUGUCGUUGCCAGCCGCUCUCAACACUCUCGGGUUCUUCCCAGGUAUCGUCGCCAUCAUUGGCAUGGGAAUGCUUAGCUUGUACACCGCCUACAAUCUCAUCCAGUACUGGCGCAAGUACCCCUACAUGCUCAACAUUGUCGACUACGGACGCGUCCUCGGUGGCCCCUGGCUUGAACUCGUCUUUGCCAUUGGCUUUUUGAUCAACAUGGCCCUCAUCAGCGCAUCCGCAGUCGUCACCAUCUCCAUCGGUCUUAACACGGUAAGCGACCACGCGACCUGCACGGUCGCCUUCACAGUCGUCGCGGCCAUUGCCAUGUGGGCUAUGUGCGUACCCCAUAGCAUGCGCUUCGUGUCAUGGGCAUCGUGGCCCUGCACCAUCUCGAUCUUUGCGGCUGUAAUGUUCGUUAUGAUUGUCCUUGGUGUCCAAGGCCCCCGGAACGCGGGAGCACCACUCAACCUGAAGGCCAUCGGAAGCCCCACUUUCACGGAAGCUGUUGCUGCUUUCCUGAACAUCGCCUUUGCUUUCAGCGGGAACCAGGCUUUCCCUACUGUCAUCGCUGAGAUGGAAAACCCUUCUCGUGAUUACCCACGCGCUGUCACGAUUGAGAAGUGUGUCUCUACUUCCAUCUACUGCAUUGUCGCCGCAGUCGUCUACGCACUUUCCGGCGAGUCCGUCGCCUCGCCCGCGCUCGGAUCUCUACAGCCUUUGAUGGCAAAGGUUGCAUACGGACUCAUCUUUGUUGGACUUCUUGGAACUGGUUUAGUGUUUGGCAUGACCGCCGGACGCUACCUACACGUCUAUUUCUUGCGCGUGAUUGGUACUCACCAGGCCAAGAAGAAUGGUAGCUUCAACGAAGAGGUCUCAUCUUCUUCCGGUUCAUCACGCGGCCGUCGCGCCUCCGUCGCUAUGAGCCACAUGGGCCAGAAAACUGAAUGGGCUGUCUGGAUCUUCUCUGUGACCUUGUUCUGGGUCGUCGUCUGGAUCCUCGCCAACGCUAUUCCAGUAUUCAGCUCCCUUCUCAACAUCUCUGCUGCGCUUUUGCUAUCAUGGUUCACCUGGGGUGUUACCGUACUGUUCUGGUUCCACCUCAACUGGAACGGCAAGUGGCGCUCGAGCAAGAAGAAGAUUGCGAUGGCCGCGUUCAACGUCUUCAUCAUGUGUGUUACCCUUUUCAUGGUGGUUCCAGGCAUGUAUGCCAGUAUCGACGCGUUGCUGAACGUGUUUGCCACUACGGACGUCAAUGGCGCCUUUACGUGCGCAGACAACAGCAUUCUGUAA